AUGAUCUCCGCAUAUUCACAAGAUCAAUUAUCCAAAUAUUUGACUUACAUCGCCCUACCAACCGAAUACGAAGAAUACAUCGAAAACCCAUCCUCAUUUCCAAAAACCGAUGAAGCACUGACAGCGCUAUUCCGAUGUCAAAUAACCAGAUUUCCAUACGACAAUCUAUCAGUGCACUAUUCCACGACGAAUUUGGCAAAUAUCGAUCCUCAGAGCAUUUACGCGAAGUUCCUGGGUCCACGGGGUAAUGAACCCACCGGGCGCGGCGGGUAUUGUCUUGAAUGCAGUAUUCUUUUCCACCAUGUCUUGCUUGGACUGGGAUUUUCGGUUUACCUCACUGGUGUGAGGAACCGGGCGCGCAUUGAUGGGAUUCCGCAGGGGGAAUUCAAGGGAUGGACACAUAUUGUGAAUAUUAUUCGACUUCACGACGGGCAGGAGUACCAUGCCGACGCUGCGUUCGGUGGAGAUGGACCUACCAGGCCCCUACCCUUGAUCUCGGGCAAAGUGUGGCCGAACCUUGGUGCGCAGGAGGUUCGACUGGUUUAUGGUACUAUGCCGAAACAGCAGCGACCGGAGCAGAAGGUUUGGAUGUAUCAGUAUCGGAAUGGCGCGGACAAGGAGUGGAAUACUUUCUACAGUUUUGCGGAGUUUGAAUUCUUUCAGGAUGACUUUGAGGUGAUCAAUCGAUAUACUAGCUGGGAAGCGCGGGAAAGGGGUAAUUUUUGGAUUGUCAAGUUUCUGCGCAACGGGGAAACUGCCGGUCUUCCUGUUCUUGAUGGUGAAGCGCUAAAUGAGAGACCGGAAGAUGCCUAUGUGGUGGGAAAAAUCAUGUUUGUUAAUGAUGUGGUGAAGGUCAAUUUUGGCGGUAGGACGAGGGUGAUUGAUGAGUUUAAAACGGAGGAGGAGCGGGUCAAUGGGUUGAAGAAAUGGUUUGGUAUUUUUCGACUCGAUUAG